UUUGCUUUAUUCGGUAAAUAGUUACAAUCCAAAAUUUGUAAAACACGCACCUGCAACUUCCUGUAGAAAUUCAACAUGCCGUCUUUGGAAUCAGAACCAAAAGGAAUCAGUUGGGCAGAACAAGUUGAGGCAGGAGAUGAAGGUUCCCUGCCUCCAAGCUCAGAAGAUUAUGAUGAAAAAAAUGGAAUUAAAACUAUAACAGAGUAUAAAUAUAAUGAUGAAAAUAAAUUAAUUAAAGUUGUUAAAACAUAUAAAGUUGAAGUAAGACGAGUUUCUAAAUCUAUUGCCAGAAGAAAAAAUUGGAAGAAAUAUGGUUUGGCAGAGAGAGAUCCACCGGGUCCUAAUCCAGCUAAUACUAUUAUUUCAGAGGAAAUUAUGAUGCAGUUUAUUAACAGUAAAGACCAACAACCAGAGAAAGAAGAGGAUCCAUUGGCUAAACUUAAAAAUCAAAAAAUUGUUCAGUGUCGUAUUUGUAAAGGUGAUCAUUGGACAACUAAAUGUCCAUAUAAGGACACCUUAGCUCCAUUACAAGAACAGCUGACAGAAGAUCCUAAUAAGAAGUUGGCUGGAGAGAGUACCGGUGCUUUACAAGCCCCAUCAUCAUCGGCACCAAAAACAGGCAAAUAUAUUCCUCCUAGUCUUCGUGAGGGUGCCAAUAAAGGUCGUGGGGAGACGAUGGCUCAAGGAAGAAAAGAUGAAGCUGCUACCAUUCGAGUUACUAAUUUAUCUGAAGAGACGAGGGAAACUGAUUUACAAGAAUUAUUUCGACCGUUUGGACCUAUUUCUCGUAUUUACCUGGCUAAAGAUAAACUCACUGGACAGAGUAAAGGUUUUGCAUUCAUCAAUUUUCACCGUCGUGAAGAUGCUGCAAGGGCUAUAGCAGGUGUAUCUGGGUUUGGAUACGAUCAUCUUAUUCUUAAUGUGGAAUGGGCCAAGCCUUCUGGGAAUCAGUAGUUAAAACUGUAGAAAUUAAAGAAAAAAAUUAAAAUAUGUAUAAUAAUGGUCUAAUUAAAUCAGAUAUAUGGGAUA